AUGCCUUUCCUUAAUGGGCUGGUCUUGGGAUGGGUCGUACAGCGGGAUGGGAAGGGUUGCGAUCGUGGGAUCGGUGGUGCACCACCGUCCGUUGACUGGCGGGCAUGGUUCUCUCGGCGGAGAAAAACUAAGGGACCGUUCGGAUUUGAAAAAUGGUCGAUCAUUUGUCGAGUUUCCACAUUCAAACCUGCCAAAAUCGUGAUUGGAAGGUUUCCAGAGUGGCCAGAACUGAAAAGAUCGAGAAAAAAAUAUUUGGUCGACCGUACGGUCGGAACCGUCGGCCAUCGGACGGACUGGCGUGCAUGA